CCCCCCCCCUUCACUCAGGACCCCUUCCUCUGUAAUCAGGGACCUUAUCACUGCUCCGCUCAGCCACCGUCCCUCGGGAGGUGCUGGAAAAGCCAGCGAGGGGAAUUUACCAGGAGGAUAAUGACCACAAGUCCAGCUUGCAGGCAUUUUACAUAAGUGAUUUUUCUUUCUUCUCAAAAAACCAAUACAGUGGAGCACAACUACUUCAGCUCAGGGCGUGGCCUCUUCUCUCCUCUGAAGAUGAGGCGGCACCGGUUGUUACCGCUCUGUGCGCUUCUGGGCGUCCUGUUCGCAGGAUUCCUCCCAAAACUCGAUGCUCAGGAAGAUUGUGCACAAGGGUUGGCAGCAGAUGUAUACUUUCUAGUGGAUUCAUCCUGGAGUAUUGGAAAGGAGAACUAUGAGCAUGUCAGACAUUUUCUAUACAGCUUGAUACAAUCGCUGCACCAGGUUGGAGAGGACAGGUUUAAAUUUGCCCUUGUGCAGUACAAUACCAGGCCUGAGACUGAGUUCCAGCUCAACCGCUACCCAACAACACAGGGUGUCCUGGCACACAUCAAGCAUAUGUCUUAUCGUGGUGGGGGAACCCGCACUGGCCUGGGCCUGGAAUUCUUGAUACGUACACACUUGACCACGGCAUCGGGCAGCCGUGCUGCUGAAGGCGUGGCGCAGGUGGUGGUGGUGCUAACAGACGGGCGAUCCCAGGAUGACGUGCUGGAGCCGGCUCAGGUCCUGCGGAUGGCAGGCGUGGAGGUGUUUGCAGUUGGAGUUCAGGAUGCAGUGGAGUCGGAGCUCAGGGAGAUGGCUAGUCGGCCUCAUGACACUCAUGUUUUCAGUGUAGAUUCAUUCCUCUCCUUGCGGGACAUAACCCAAGAUUUAGUAGUGGGUCUUUGUGGCGCAGUGGCCCAGUCAUGGGGGGCUCCGGUGGCAAAUGAGGCCCCUGUGGCUGGAGGAGGGACAGCACAAGAUUCAGCCGACCUAGUAAUCUUAAUUGAUGGAUCACAGAACGUUGGAGCGGCGAACUUCCCCUUUGUUCGUGAUUUGGUUUUGAGAAUCAUUGAGCGCCUUGAUGUGGGCAGGGACACCGUUCGGGUGGCCUUGGCCCUAUACAACUCCAACCCAGAGAUAAAGUUCUAUCUAAAUAGCUAUGAGAGCAAAUCGUCAGUCCUGGAAGCCGUGAAGGGCCUUGCCUACUCAGGGGGCGACGAAUCUAACCUUGGGGCUGCCUUGGAGGAAGUGGCCGAGAGCCUAUUGGGCGAAUCAGCUGGGGGCAGGGCAGAUGAGGGUGUGCCCCAGAUGCUGGUGGUUAUAAGUGCUGGGCCAUCCACAGACGAUACUGGUGCUGGUGACCGGGCCCUUAAGAGGGCUGGCGUCAUCACGUUCGGCGUGACGAUUGGUGACACCGCCACUGCAGAUCUGGAAGUAGUAGCUACAGACAAAACUUUUGUCCUGUUGGCCCCUGAUUUCAGAGCAGUGGCAAACAUGGGUGACCAGCUGCUCCCAUACAUUAACGGGGUGGUCCAGCGCACCAUUAUAGUUCAUACUGACUUCACAGAAGUCUUGGUAGUCGGAAAACGGGACAUCAUUUUCCUCAUCGACAGUACCAUGGGUGCAACGCUAAUCAACUCUGUUCGCGAAUUCAUCAAGCGGUUUAUCGACCGCAUGCCAAUUGGUCCCGAUGAUGUUCAAGUGGGCGUGGCCAUGUUCAGCAAUAACCCUCGCCUCGAGAUAGAUCUCAACUCCUAUGGAUCCAGAGAUGCCUUGAUUACCGGCUUGGGCUCAAUCAAACCAAGACCUGGACAGAGUGUCAAUAUUGGAGCAGCUUUGGACUUUGUGCGAACCCGAAUGAUAGUCCCUGAGAAGGGCAGUCGUAUUCAACAGGGGAUACCGCAACUUUUACUGCUGUUGACCAGUAAAAAGUCCAGUGACAGUGUGGAAACACCUGCCAGGGAAUUGCAAAAAAUGGGUGUCCUGACCCUGGCCGCAGGCUCCAAGGCUGCUGACGAGCAGGAACUGAAGCAGAUUGCCUUCACUGAGAGCAUCGUGUUCAUGCUGAGGGACUUCCGUGGACUGCUUCGCCCACCCAUCCCAGAUCCAAUCAUUGGUGCACUCUCCACUCUAGCUGGGGUGGUUGUGACUGAAGUACCAACAGAGCCAGUGGUGGAGAUAACCACAGUGCAGACUCAAAGAGUGAUCAGAGACAUUGUCUUCCUUGUGGAUGGCUCAAACUACAUCGGCAAUACUAACUGGCCCUAUGUGAGAGACUUCAUGAUCAAUGUGGUCAACCAGUUAGAUGUACGCCCUGACAGGGUCCAGAUUGGCCUUGUGCAGUUUGCUAGAGAUCCAAGAAUUGAAUUCUACCUGAACAGCUACAACAACAGAGGAGAUGUUGUGAAUAAAAUCUCUCAACUCAGGCUGACUGGAGGCACAGUUUUGAAUACAGGAGCUGCCAUGAACCAUGCCCUCGCCAAAAUGUUUUCGGCCUCAGCCGGGUCACGCAAGAGGCAAGGAGUCCAGCAGGUGUUGGUUCUGAUCACAGGUGGUCCAUCCCAGGAUGAGGUCAAGAGCGUAGCUGAUAAGGCGGCUCUGGAAAGAGUUUUGACCUUCACGGUCAGUUCUGGGCAAGCAGAUGACACCCUCCUGAGAUCAGUGGCCUUUGUUCCAGAUUUGGCUUAUCAUGACAGUAGCUUCUCUACUUUACCAGCUAUGGCAGAAGUCAUCAUGCCAAAGUUGAUAACAGUGGUUGGCGAUACAGAUGUGACCUAUAUAGAGGAAACAGAAGAACCUGUUACUGUUCCGGGAAUGGAAAGGGAUGUUGCCUUCCUCAUUGAUGGCACAGACAAUGUUCGAGCAGACUUUGCCUACGUCCGGGAUUUUAUAAUUAAAGUAAUUGAACCACUCGACAUUGCGCAAGACAGGGUAAGAAUUUCAGUGGUUCAACAUAGUGAGAGGCCAACCGCAAGUUUUUACCUAAACACUUAUCAAAACAAAGAGGAGGUGAUAAGAGCUGUCAACUCUUUGGCACCCGCUGGUGGACGAAGUCUCAACACAGGCGCUGCUCUAAGAUUCAUGAAGGACAUCGUCAUGUCUGAAGCGAACGGCAGCCGAGCUAAGCGAAACGUCCCUCAGUUUCUCAUCGUUUUGACUGGAGGCAGGUCCAGGGACAAUGUGAAAGAGCCUGCUGGUGAACUGAAGACAGAGGGAGUCGUACCAUUUGGUGUUGGUGUCAAGGAUGCAGACCCAAGGCAGAUUCAGGACAUUUCACACAACCCUUCCUUUGCCUUCAAUGUGAAGGAAUUCAGUGAGCUUAGCACUGUACCACAAAAGCUCAAUAACUACGUGAGCCUCCCCAGGGAACAGCUUACCGUUGUCCUGCAGCAAGCUGAGUCGCAGGGGCCCCGGAAGGACAUCAUAUUCCUCGUUGAUGGAUCUGAUGGUGUUGGACGGGACUUUCCUGUCAUUCAGGAGUUCAUCCGCAGGGUCGUGGAGAGUCUCAAUGUGGGCGAGAAUAAGAUCCGGAUCGGUGUCAUUCAGUACGGUGACUCAGCUCAGGCUGAUAUGUAUCUGAACUCGCAUACAACCAAAGAAGGCGUUUUGAAUGCUGUAAGGCAAAUGAGGCAACGAGGAGGAAGACAACGUAACCUGGGUCAGGGCUUGCAGUUUAUCAAUCAGGAUGUUCUUACAGCAGCCCGUGGGAGCAGGAAGCAAGAGGGUGUACCACAGUUUGUAAUCGUCGUCUCCAGUGGGCCAUCCACUGAUGACAUUAACCGUUCAGCGACUACCCUCAAACAGUCGAGAGUUCUUCCCUUCAGCAUUGGGACCAGGGAUGUUGACCUUACAGAGCUGCGGGUUGUGUCGUAUGUGCCUAACUUUGCCUUUACUGUAGAUGACCUCCCUAGCCUCGACACAGUCCGAGAAAACUUAAUCACCACUCUCACGGAGAUGUCAAACGAUGACAUUGCCACGCUGCGUCCAGUAUAUCCAACCUAUACAUCGGUGACACCAGCACCCGCACAAGGAGUGAAGAGGGAUGUUGUAUUUCUCAUUGACGGGACGACAGCUGGACGUAGCGAGUUCCCUGCAAUCCGGGACAUGAUAAGAAGAGUUACGGAGAAGCUGGAUGUUGGAUUGGAUAAAGUUAGAGUUUCUGUGGUUCAGUACGCUGAAGAGCCAGUGUCCGAAUUUCUUCUGAAUGAACACUCCACCAAACAAGAGCUACGCCAGGCUGUGUCGAGGCUUCAAAGCAGAGGUGGAAACCGCCUAAACACAGGACAUGCUCUUGGGUGGGUCUCCAGACGCAUCUACCAGAGGUCAGCAGGAAGCCGCAUUGAAGAGGGUGUUCCUCAGUUCCUCAUUCUAGUUACUGGUGGCAAGUCAUCAGAUGAUGUGUCCACCUCAGCUGACCAGCUUAAGAGAAGCCAUGUUGCUCCUCUUGCCAUUGGUUCAAGGAACGCAGACCCAGAUGAACUGAGACAGAUUUCCCUGAAGCCCGAACUUGUAUUUACAGUUGACAGUUUCCAGCAGCUUCCGAGAGUGGAGACCCGGCUCAUUGACUCUGUGAAAACAAUAUCCACAGAUGAUAUCAUAACUUAUGAACCCCCCACGGAGGUUUCCCUAGAUCUUGGGAAGAAGGAUAUUAUCUUCCUUAUUGAUGGCUCAGACAAUACUGGUGGUAAUGGCAUUGCUCACAUCCGGGACUUCAUCCUCAACAUUGUUCAACAACUCGAUGUGCAGCCUGAUCAAGUUCGAGUGUCUGUUGUCCAGUAUGCGGACAAAGUGAAAUCCGAGUUUUCACUUAACUCACACAACAACAAGCCAGCUGUUAUUUCUGCCAUCAAAAGACUUCGCCAGAUGGGUGGCCGGUCAUCAGACCUGGCUGAUGCCAUUAAAUAUGUCAUGGAGAAUGAGUUAAAACCCUCUGCUGGUGUUCGUCUGUCUGAGGCUUCCCAGCAUCUUGUGGUUCUCACUGGUGGACGUUCUCCCCAAGAUGUUAGUAUGUAUGGACCUCUGCUUAAGGGCCGCCGGGUAAACUGCAUCGGUGUUGGAGCUGCAGGUGCUGACACAAGACAGCUAGGCCAAAUUGCCACCAGCUCAGAAGAUGUCCUUCAGGUCCCUAAUUUCCCAGGUCUGUCUGCAAUCAGGGAAAGGUUUAUUGCCAGGCUGAGUGGGACAAUGCCUGUGGAACCACCCCCAUACGAAUAUCCAGAGCUGCCUCAAGCUAAGAAGGCUGAUAUCGUCUUUUUAGUGGAUGGCUCCAUCAACCUGGGCCGGGAAAACUUCAAAGAAGUGAUGAAUUUUGUCAUCAACCUAAUUGACCUGUUCUACACUGAUAGAGAUGACCUGCGGAUUGGACUGGCACAUUACGCGGCAGAUGUGACCGACGUCUUUUACCUCAACACAUACAAGAACAGGCAAGACGUUCUGGAUGCCAUUGAACGAGCAGAGUACAAAGGUGGACGCAAAAUCAACACUGGGGCAGCCAUUCGCCAUGUUGAAGAUGUUCACUUUACCAGGGAAAAGGGAAGUAGAAAGGACGAGGGCAUUGCUCAGAUUCUAAUGCUUGUGACUGGAGGACGCUCAGCAGAUGACGGCAGAACAGCAGCUCUCGGUCUGAAGAAAAAAGGUGUGAGAGUGUUUGCCGUAGGAGUGGGUGACAUUGAGGAUGAACUAGAAAAAAUAGCAAGCGAGUCUUCUACUGUGGCUCGAGCAAGCACCUUUCUAGAGCUUUCAGAGCUCAAUGAGCAAAUCCUGGAGACACUUGAUGAUGAAGUGAAGGGGAAGCUGUGUGUUGGGGUGCAAGACGGUCCUAAAACCUGCAAUGUGGAGGUACUGGUGGGCUUCGAUGUUUCUGCCCGGAACAUCUUCAGUGCUCAGACUAAUCUCCAGAAGAAGAUGGAAUUCAUUCUAAACACGAUUUCCCAAAUGGAAAGGAUUAGCUGCUCAUCCGGGCAGAUUCCCUCUGUGCAAGUGGGCAUGCUGGCCGUGGACGCUGCCUCCGAGCCCGUCCAGCUCGAUUUCACCAACAAUGCUAAAGAGCUUGUUGUGGCCUUCAAAGCGCUGCAGAGUCGUGGCCCCUUCCUCCUCAAUGGCAAGACCAUCUCAGCUUACACCAACAGAUUCAACACCAGACAGGACGAUGUUGUCAAGGUUGUCAUACAUCUGACUGAUGGUCUUGACGCCCCAUAUGCUGAAAUGAAAAAGCGAGUUGACCAGCUUCAGCAAUCAGGAGUGAACAGUUUCAUUCUGGUCGGGCUUGAGCGGGUGGCCAAAUUUGAGGAGGCUGUGCUGUUAGAAUACGGGCGUGGCUUCAGGUACACCAGACCCUUACGUCUCAAUAUCAUGGACUUGGAGUAUGAGCUCAGGGAGGAACUGGACAAUAUUGCUGAAAGACAGUGUUGUGGUGUUGCUUGCAAAUGCACUGGCACCAGAGGAGACCGAGGAGGCGUCGGACAGUCAGGGACGAAGGGCAGUCCGGGGUCAGGAGGAGGCCAAGGACAUCCCGGAGAUGAGGGUGGACCUGGAGAGAGAGGUCCUCCUGGUGUGAACGGAACACAGGGUUUCCAGGGAUGCCCUGGGCAGAGAGGAGUCAAGGGUUCUCGUGGGUACUCAGGAGAAAAGGGUGAAUUUGGAGAAAUUGGACUCGAUGGCAUUAAUGGAGAGGAGGGCAAAAGUGGAGUCGCUGGACCGGGAGGAGACAGAGGAAACCCGGGGAGAAGAGGUCCCAAAGGUGCCAAAGGACAAGGGGGAGACCGAGGGGAGGAGGGAAUCAGAGGAGACCCUGGCACAAGUGGACAAGACAACAACCAAGCAGGACCGAAAGGAGACCCCGGUGAUGCUGGACCAACGGGAGAUGCUGGUCAGGAUGGAAAGAAGGGAGGCCCUGGUGAACUCGGACGACGGGGAGCUGAUGGCAGGAGAGGCUCACCUGGACAGCCUGGACCGCCUGGAAUACCCGGAGUCAAUGGUGUGCAGGGAGAGGCCGGCAUCGGAGGAUCCAGGGGUCCUUCUGGACCGAAUGGUGCCCCAGGACCCAGAGGAGAAGAUGGAAACCCUGGUCCCAGGGGUCCUGGUGGUAUCCCAGGUCCUGUUGGGGACAAGGGCAGGAGAGGAUUUCUUGGUCGUAAGGGAGAGCCAGGAGAUACAGGACCAAAGGGGAUCAUUGGACCUCUUGGCCCCCGGGGUGAAGCUGGUGAAGAUGGUAGAGAUGGAUUUGGUGUCGCAGGGCCCAAAGGAAGAAAGGGUGAUGAAGGCUUCCCUGGAUUCCCCGGAAUCAAGGGAGCAGCUGGUGACAUUGGCCCUGAAGGUGGACCUGGACCCAAAGGAAACCGUGGACAGAGGGGUGUCUCUGGGAACAUCGGUUCAGCUGGACAGAAAGGAGAGGUCGGAUAUUCUGGGCCAUAUGGUCAGAAAGGGCCGAGAGGACCAGGGGUUGUGCAAUGUGACCUGGUGAAGAAGAUUAGAGACAACUGUCCUUGCUGUUAUGGUCAGCUGGAAUGCCCGCUCUACCCCACUGAGCUGGCCAUCUCCCUGGACGCCUCUCAGAAUGUCGACCGCAGAGCUUUCAACAACAUGCGGGACGCGGUCCUGAACCUGGUCCGGAACAUCACCAUCUCUGAGAGCAACUGCCCGAGAGGGGCCCGCGUCGCUUUGACCUUGUACAACAGCGAAGUCACCACCGAGGUUCGGUUCGCCGACGCGAUGAAGAAGCGUGCGCUGGUCCAACGCAUCGAGGGACUUCAGACCCUGCAGACCAACAAGGAGCGCAACCUGCCGUCGGCCAUGAGCUUUGUGGCCCAGAACACCUUCAAGAGGGUGCGCAGCGGCUUCCUCAUGAGGAAGGUGGCUGUCUUCUUUGUCGGUGGGGCCCUCAGUCAGGUACAAGGAGUUACUAAUGCGGCUCUCCGCCUGCAUGAUGCUGGAAUCGCCACUCUGUUCUUGGUCAGCCGUGAGGAAAGAGCCCUCAGCAGAGCGCUGCAGGUCAAUAGCACAGCCCUGGCCCAGGUGAUUGUGCUCCCCACUCCUGGAAGUGCACAGUACAAUGCAGUCAUCCAAAAGGUUAUGAGCUGCCAUGUCUGCUUUGACUUCUGCUCUCCGGACCAAAUGUGUGACUACGUGCCCCCAUUGACAACCGGCCGAGAUCGGAGGUCUUCCACCACAGACGUGGACAUCGACAUGGCCUUCGUCCUGGAUAGCUCUGACUCCACCUAUCCAGCAGUCUUCACUGAGAUCAAACGCUACAUCGCGCACAUCGUAGAACACCUAGAGGUGUCUUCCAAUCCCACAUCAGCUGUUCACCAAGCCAGAGUGUCUGUGAUCCAGCAGGCGCCUUACGAGUUCAUCCAGAACAAAACCGGCCUUCCCAUCCAUGUGGAUAUCGGCUUGACUGAGCACAGUUCAGCUCGAGACAUCGUCACGUUCCUGAUGGAGAAGACACCGCAGCUCGAGGGUGGCAGGGCCCUGGCAGCUGCCAUCGAAUCCACAGUGGAGCAGGUGUUUGACAAGGCACCUCUCCAACGGGACAGGAGAGUGCUGUUCCUCUUUGUGACAGGAAGCGUUGAGGAAGACGAGCAGCAACUGGUGCGCAUCGCCACCGAGGUCAAGUGCAGAGGCUUCUUCCUGGUCAUCCUGGGUGUGGGAGGGCAGCUGAGUGCUGGAGACAACCGGGUGUUGUCCCGCAUGGCCAGUGAGCCGUCGGAUGUCUUCUUCAAGAGGCUGGACAGCCUUUCACAGUUUUAUGACAAACACAUUCAGACCUUUAGCCAACUGCUGCCAAAGUACAUCAGCAUUGAAAAUGCGUUCUACAUGUCCCCCGAAGUCUCCAAAAACUGCAAGUGGUUCCAGAGUGACCAGCCCCUGAAGAACCCCUUCACUUCAUCACAGCAACAUGAGAAGCACCAGAAACAUCAUGAAAAUCAUCAAGCAGUUCAUCCAAGGAAGCACAAAGAUGCAGAUGAGCUGCACGUCUCCAACGUCACCUCCAGCAGCUUGAAGCUGCGUUGGAGCAGCCCGGACCCCAAACUCUUCGUCUACUUUGAGGUGGUGGUGACGCGUUUGUCCGACCACGUCCUCGUGCUGAAGACCAACGUGUCUGGUGCUGAGCUCUCUGUGGACAACCUGCAAAGCGCUCAGACAUAUCACGCUGUGGUCACUGCCCACACUGCAGAGGGACAAGUGGUCUCCACCCGCAAAGGCAUCAUCACUACCAAAACAGAAGAGCAUAAGCCGACCAGCCAAGGAACCCGCACUGUAAAGACCAAACCUCUGGACAAACCGGAAACUGACCCAUGCUCACUUGACUCUGAACCUGGAGUGCCGUGCAAAGACUAUCAGGCUAAAUGGUUCUUUGACAGAAAGAGCGGGAUCUGUACACAGUUCUGGUACGGAGGCUGUGGCGGCAAUGAGAAUAGGUUCGACACUGAGACCCUCUGCUUGAAACACUGCAUGAGGUCAGAGCCCGAGCCCGAGCCUCAGUCCCAGGUGCAGCAGAGUGAGCAGGUGGAGAUCCUCCCGGCUCCUGCUGCAUCCACAGCUGUAGACAUCUGCCAGCUUUCCAAAGAGGAAGGUUCAUGUGCCAAGUUUGUCCUGAAGUGGCACUUCGACGCCGCCAGCCAGAGCUGCGCACGGUUCUGGUACGGAGGCUGCGGCGGAAACCAGAAUCGCUUCGACACCUUUGAGCAGUGUGUGAACGCCUGUGGAAAACCAGCGCCACUCAACCGAGGAGUCGUCGCUGCAAUAAGAACAUAGAAGCAAAGUGACACACAUGGCCAGCUGUUACCUCUGUGAAGGGGAUUCUGAGAAGAACCAUCCACAAUGGCCAUACUGUAUGGAUGCAAGACCAAAGCAAUGGUGGCUGCACUGGAUCCAAAACAAAUGGACUUUAUACAACCAAAUUCUUGAAGUAGUCUUUUUCACAGCGAGAAGGAAGGCAACACGAUUUGCUGCAUGAUUCAUUUUUUUUUUACCGACUGGUGCUACGUAGUAUGUUGUGUUUUUUUACAGAUGAGUUCAUUCAGUUUUUUUCUGGAACAUCAUAUUGGUUUUCAUAUUUUUCAAAACAUAUAUGAAUAUCUUGGACAGAGAUUAGCAAGAACACAAAUCUGGUUACUCUCAGGACCGGUGUUGUUCUGUGCAGUUAUCUUUUUUUAUAUUGUGUUUUUUUUUUUACAUUCCACACUCACAUAGGCUUUAUUUGAUUUAUAUUGUUCUCCAACUCACUUGAUCCCAGUUGAAUGACUCCUUCCCCUCUUUCCCAGUCACCAGAUCCACAGUGUGGGGGUGUGUGUAUUUAAAAAGACAGCGACCAACUGCUUGGAUCUAGAAACAUUCAUGUAACACUAAGUGCACUUCUGGAGCCACGGCCUUAAACACACACUUUUCCAGCUAUUGAGAAAUGUAAUGUACUUGUCAAGCUGUUAUUUUUUUUUUUUGGGGGGGGGGGGGGGGGGGGGAUUUCAUGUGGUUUUCCUGAAGUUUGUGUUUCCAUCUGGGUACAGGAGAAAUAAAAAUGAAUUAGACUUUCUAAUAAACAUGA